UCUGCGUGGGGAGGCGGCCCCUGCAGAAGAGCGGCCCUGUCGGACUGGGUAGCGCCUUCCUUCCCCUCUCUACGUGGUGCCACUGGGACUAGGGCGGGGCAGAGGCAGGAGCAUCGGACACUGGCCGGGGGAAUUCGAGCUUCGCAGAUCCUGGAGAAGUGUCUCCUAAAAUGUAGCUUUAGCUUCACUGGGAAUUUGCACCGAUUCCAGCAAUUGAUGAACCACCCAUCCACCAAUAUAGCUUGGAGCUGGGUUUGCUUGCUUGGCAGCAAUUGAGUGUACAGGUCUCCUUGUCAUGGCAACCAUUGUCCCGGAAAAACUUACCCGCCUUUUCAUUAACGUGCAGCAGCUUUGGCAGGUCCCCAGGCUGCUGGAAAUGGCGUUCCCCUCGUCUCCCUGCACCGUGAGCACCUCAGAUGUGCCUAAGGUCUUCUGGAAACCCUACAUUCACACUGGCUACAGACCCGUCAACCAGACCUGGAAGUAUUACUUCUUGACGCUUUUCCAGCAGCACAACGAAGCUGUCAACGUCUGGACUCACCUCGUGGCUGCUCUGAUCCUGCUGCUGAGGUUCCGGCGGCUUUCCCAAACGGUGGAUUUUGUGAGCGAUCCUCAUGCCCAUCCCCUGUUCAUCAUUGUCAUUGCUUCUAUCACCUACCUAACCUUCAGCACUUUGGCUCACCUCCUCCAGGCCAAAUCGGAGUUCUGGCAUUACAGCUUCUUUUUCAUGGACUAUGUGGGAGUAGCCAUUUACCAAUACAGCAGUGCCUUGGUGCAUUACUACUAUGCCAUCGAGCCAGAUUGGCAUGCAAGGAUCAUGGGGUUUUACAUGCCGGGGGCUGUUUUGCUAGCAUGGUUAUCCUGUGCAGGUUCCUGUUAUGCUAAAUAUAGAUACCACCAGCUUCCUCACCAUCUGAGCAGGCUGUGUCAGGAAAUGCCCUUGGGCCUGGCGUAUGCUCUAGAUAUUAGCCCAGUAAUUCACCGGCUCUAUACAGCACAGCCCUCCGAGCAGGUGGAUCCAGCCCUUUUAUACCACAAAUACCAGGUGCUGUUUUUCCUUAUCAGUGCUUUUUUCUUCUCUUACCCUUAUCCAGAGAAAUGGUUUCCUGGGAAAUGUCACUUCUUUGGGCAGGGGCAUCAGAUCUUCCACGUGUUUCUGGUGCUGUGCACCCUGGCCCAGGUGCAGGCAGUGGCUCUGGACUAUGAGUCAAGGAGAGAGAUUUACACCAGUCUGCACGGUGACCAGACUCACAAUUUCUCUGCCCUGUGCUUCUUCACCGUAGCCUGCUGCCUCCUCACUGCCGCUUACAUGACCAGCAAAGUGAAGUGCAAACUGAACUGCAAAGAAGAAUGAGAACUGUGGAGGGAAUGCUCCUGAUUUCUCCCAUCCUGGCUGUUUGAGGGGAUGCCACCAUAACAAUCUGGCUGUGGACUGCAGUGUAAAGAGUGAUGGAAUGCUUGGAAAUGUGCUACUGUUAAGUGAUCUGCAAAGGGAAAAUACUGGGAGUUUGUGCUCUUUUGGGUUUUUUAUGAUGUAUAAAGAAGACCUGGAAAGCUAUAUGUGUGUAUAAGGUUAAAACAUUUUCUUUUUCUGCUUAUUUUCUGCCUUAGAACUUCAGGUCCUGUCUUUAAAAGGCCUCAAUGAAGAGCUGGGAGCAACGCUUUCUUUGCUAAAUAUGCAUCUGGCUGCCCUGACAUUUACGGGCUGAGAUGACUUGCACAGCUGGGAUCCUCAGUGAGGCCUUGGCUACGCUGGCGCUUUACAGCGCUGCAACUUUCUCGCUCAGGGGUGUGAAAGAAACAUCCCCCUGAGCGCUGCAAGA